CGCCCUCUCUGCCGGAUAAAGCGCGAAAGAGAUACUGUGAGUGAGUGUGCAUGGGGCCAUCAGGAACCGCUAUUUGCUGGUUUGGCUGGAAAAAAGACACGACUGCCGAUUGCCUGCCGAUAACGACAUCGCAAGGGCAAGACUGCAAACUGUUUUCUCCUCACUAAAUUUCCCCCCAAUUUUUUUCCAAGGUCCAUCCUCUUCUCUACUUGUUGUCAUAGACCGCUUUUCUCCCACUCUCGCUGGCUUGAAUUCCUUUUCACACACCUCUUGUGACUCUUGGACAUACGGAUCUUGCAGUACAUCACAGUCAGGACCCGGGAAAAGUUCAGCAGCGAUUGGGAUUGUCACUUCUCUUGACAGCCUCCUCUCCCUCUCCAGUACAUACCCCUCCACCAGCCUCUUCGCGUUCAACACCCUCGGACAACCGUCUCCGGCACUUUUUCUCUCCUAAAGAAACCCUCAGCAACCCCUGUACUCUUUCAAAAUGGCCGGUCCCGUUAAUGGCAACACCAAUGGUGCCGACAAGCGUGAUACCUUCCUCUUCACCUCCGAAUCUGUCGGCGAGGGUCACCCCGAUAAGAUCGCUGAUCAGGUUUCCGAUGCCGUCCUCGAUGCCUGCCUCAAAGAAGACCCUCUAUCCAAAGUCGCUUGCGAGACUGCCACCAAGACCGGCAUGAUCAUGGUCUUUGGAGAAAUCACCACCAAGGCUCGUCUUGACUACCAGAAGAUCAUUCGUAACACCAUCCGGGAGAUUGGCUAUGACCACUCCGACAAGGGUUUCGACUACAAGACUUGCAACGUCCUUGUGGCUAUUGAAGAACAAUCCCCCGAUAUCGCUCAGGGUCUACACUAUGAAGAGGCGUUGGAGAAGCUCGGUGCCGGUGACCAAGGUAUCAUGUUCGGAUACGCUACCGACGAGACCCCAGAACUCCUUCCCCUGACCAUCCAACUCGCCCACAAGCUCAACGCUGCCAUGACAUCUGCACGAAAGUCCGGCGAGAUCCCAUGGCUACGGCCCGACACCAAGACUCAGGUCACGGUGGAAUAUGCUCAUGAUGGAGGUGCCGUCAUUCCCCUGAGAGUGGACACUGUUGUUGUCUCAGCGCAACACUCUGAGGACAUCACCACCGAGGAGCUACGAAAGGAAAUCAAGGAGAAGAUUAUCAAGAAGGUCAUCCCUGCCAAGUACCUUGACGACAAGACCGUCUACCACAUCCAACCUUCUGGUCUCUUCAUCAUCGGCGGCCCUCAAGGUGAUGCUGGUCUUACUGGACGUAAGAUCAUUGUUGACACAUACGGUGGCUGGGGUGCUCACGGUGGUGGUGCUUUCUCUGGCAAGGACUACAGCAAGGUUGAUCGCUCGGCAGCCUAUCUUGCCCGAUGGAUCGCCAAAUCCCUUGUCAAGGCGCGUCUCGCUCGUCGAUGCCUCGUUCAACUCUCAUACGCUAUUGGUGUUGCCGAGCCUUUGUCUCUGUUUGUCGAUACAUAUGGCACUGGUGACAAGUCCAGCGCUGAGCUCGUCGAGAUCAUCCUUGCCAACUUCGAUCUCCGACCUGGUGUCAUUGUCAAGGAACUGAACCUUAUCAACCCCAUCUACUGCCGAACCGCCAAGAACGGCCACUUCUCCGACCAGACCUUCACCUGGGAGCAGCCUAAGGAGCUUAAGUUCUAAGCUGCUAUUGACAUACUGCGGCAAAGAUGAUGGCACUCCUCAACUGGACGAUCGAAGACGUUAAACAGAUCGAAUGGCGGAUCAUGCAAGAUUCUGCACCUUGGUUUCAACCAUCCAAGGUCGGUUUGAUGCCUGUGCUGCCAUUUCCUGGAAGCGUUUCGAUG